CCGUGGUGGAAUGUUCUUUCUAUAUGGUCAUGGUGGAAUGGGAAAACAUUUAUCUGGAAAACUCUUUCGGCUACAGUCCGUUCCAAGGGAGAGAUUGUAAUUAAUGUUGCAUCGAGUGGUAUAUCAUCGUUAUUGCUCAUCGGCGGAAGAACAACUCAUUUUCGAUUUCUACUUCCCAUAACUGUACACGAGACUUCCACCUACAGCAUAACGCAACAAAGUCCACAUGUGGAGUUGAUGAUUAGGGCUAAGCUUAUUAUGUGGAACGAGGCUCCUAUGAUGCAUAUGAACUGUUUUGAAGCGCUUGACAAGACAAUGAAGUCAAUAUUACAGGUAGACAAACCGUUUGGAGGUAAGGUGGUUGUUCUUAGAGGAGAUUUUAGGCGGAUUUUACCAAUCGUACUGAAAGCAUCAAGGCUGGACAUAGUACAUGCUACGGUAAACUCCUCUCCGUUGUGGCAUUUCUGUCGUGUCAUGAAGUUGAGUAAGAACAUGAGAUUGAAGUCAUGUUCUUCUCCAUCUAAUGUGGACGAGGUAAUAGAAUUUGAGGACUGGAUACUAAAGGUUGGUAAUGGGAAUGUUAGGGAACAAUAUGAUGGUGAAGCUUCGCUAGAGAUUCCCGAGGACAUGUUGAUUGGUGAUUCAGAAGAUCUAUUCAGAGACCUACUGAACUUCGUCUAUCCUGAUUUGUUGAGUAACAUGUAUGAUCCAGAUUAUUUUCAAGGGAGGGCAAUUCUUGCACCAACUAAUGAACGCGUCGAGUCUGUGAACGAUCACCUGAUGUCUCUCCUUCCAGGUGAGGAGAAGGUGUACCUGAGCUCAGAUAGUAUGUGUAGGGACGAGCGAACAACGGAUCGGAGGAUAAUGCAAAAAUCUAUUCGACUGAAUUUCUCAACACAAUAAGUUGCUCAGGGGUUCCUUCUCAUGUAUUGAAGUCCAAGGUCGGUGCACCAGUUAUGUUAAUAAGAAACAUAAAUCAAGCAGAGGAUUGUGCAACGUGACCAGACUUCAAAUUAUUAUAAUCUGCAUUGUAAACUUCUUUCCGGCAAAAAUAUCGGUGACAUUGUGUUCAUUCCUCAGUUGACUUUAAUACCAUCUAACUUCGGAUUGUCAAUUAAAUUUCAGAGAAGACAGUAUCCGUUGAUUGUUUCUUUUGCAAUGACGAUCAACAAAAGCCAAUGCCAAACUCUUUCGCAUGUUGGUUUGUAUCUUCAUCGGCCUGUCUUCAGCUAUGAUCAACUAUAUAUUGCAUUGUCCAGAGUUAAGAGCAGAUGUGGCAUUAAGAUAGUCAUCAAGUGGGAUUCGGACGAACUCACCGAUGUUACUAGAAAUGCCGUCUACAAGGAAGUAUUUCAUCGAAUUUGAAGGUUGAAAAUAUUUUUAUAUUUAUGAGUUCUUCAUGUAACAUGUCUUGGUUUUUAUUUUUUUUAAUAUCUUACUCUUUGGCAGGUCUAUCUUUCCUAUAUGUUUUUCCCCGUGCGAUGUUAUUUUCAGUCCUGUCCCUAGGAUGCUCAGUGCAAAUCUUAUUAUCUUUAAGAUUUAUGUUUGUCGAUAUACUAAUAUUUAAUAUUAUUGUUAUAUUGUAACUAUGAAGAACAUGAUACUUAUAACAUAUUUUUAAUAUUGUUGGUCAAUAACGUUUUGUACUUAAAUUAAUGAGCGUAAUAAUUGAUAUCUAUGUAAAUUUGUUUUACAGACAUGUAUUUCCAGUUGAAAAUAUGCCGCCCCGUGCAUCGCACGGGUGAAUUCUAGUUAGUAUUAAUAUCAAUAUUCGUAUUAAUAUUACUAUUAGUAU